UGGCAUCUCAUUUCGCUUCAAUUGCCUUCACUCACACUACAGCUUUCAGAGCAAGGCGGCCUUUUGGUUUUUUUUCCUGAUCUUGAGCUCUACGAGAAAUAAUGGCGGAUUCAUCUUCAUUACUGUACAAUCAACUCAAGGUUGCUGAGCCCUUUUUCUUGUUGGCUGGUCCAAAUGUGAUCGAAUCUGAGGAACAUGUUCUUCGAAUGGCUAAAAGCAUAAAAGAUAUUUCCACAAAGCUUGGGCUGCCUCUGGUUUUUAAGUCAAGUUUUGAUAAAGCUAACAGAACUUCAUCAAAGUCCUUCCGGGGUCCUGGCAUGGCUGAGGGCCUCAAGAUUCUUGAGAAGGUGAAAGUAGCAUAUGAUCUACCAAUCGUAACCGACGUUCAUGAAUCGAGCCAGUGUGAAGCGGUUGGCAAGGUUGCAGAUAUAAUUCAGAUACCAGCAUUCUUAUGUCGCCAGACAGAUCUGCUGGUCGCGGCAGCCCAAACUGGGAAAAUUAUCAAUAUCAAGAAAGGACAGUUUUGUGCUCCUUCUGUUAUGGGAAACUCGGCUGAGAAGAUCAGACUCGCAGGGAAUCCUAAUGUGAUGGUUUGUGAAAGAGGAACCAUGUUUGGAUACAAUGAUUUAAUAGUAGAUCCACGAAAUCUGGAAUGGAUGCGAGAAGCUAAUUGUCCUGUUGUCGCUGAUAUAACUCAUUCAUUACAACAACCUGCAGGCAAGAAGUUGGAUGGUGGGGGUGUUGCAAGUGGAGGCCUUCGCGAAUUAAUACCAUGCAUAGCAAGAACUGCCGUAGCUGUUGGUGUCGAUGGAAUUUUCAUGGAGGUGCAUGAUGAUCCGUUAAGUGCACCAGUCGAUGGUCCAACACAAUGGCCUCUGCGUCAUCUAGAAGAACUGCUAGAAGAGCUCAUAGCAAUCGCGCGUGUCACAAAGGGAAAACAGCGGUUCCAAAUCGAUUUGACGCCUUAUCAUGAUUAGAAUCAAAGGUCUCUGACGUCAUUUUGGGGUGCUUAUCAUAUAUUUAUUUGUUUUGCCAGCUGAAAGUAAAUCAUAUAUACAUGAACAUAUAUAUCGAUAUAUACAUUACUUUAUAUACUGCAUGGAUUCUUUUUCUGGAGUUUUUUUUUUUUACUUUGAAUAUAUGUUUGUUGCACAUUCACACUGUAUUAAGCAUGACCAAAAUC